UUGAAAACGGUUUUAAGAAUGUAGGAGUGUGUUUCACAAAAUUGAGAGUAUUGCAAUUACAUGAGAGUGUUCAGACUUCAGAGUAUUACAAACCUAACAAACCUGGAUAUUGUGAUAUGACUGGCUUUUAGGUUUUGUAGGUCUCCCAUUUGAUUAUAAACAAAAUGUAUUUAUUACCUAUAUUCCAAAAGUACCCUUAUGUUCCAUGUUCUCUUCUUAUAAAGCAACACACAAGAUGCAAGAAAUCUCCAUAACUAGAGAGAGAAACUAAUCUUUUUAGUGAGAGAGAAAUCUUAGAGCUGAGCUAAGAAAAAUGUCAAAAGAAGUGAGUGAAGAAGGAAGACAUGGCAAAGACUACGUGGAUCCACCUCCAGCUCCACUUCUAGACAUGGCUGAGCUUAAGCUCUGGUCUUUUUACAGAGCUAUCAUCGCAGAGUUCAUCGCCACUCUCCUCUUCCUCUAUGUAACCGUAGCUACAGUCAUUGGCCACAAGAACCAAACCGGUCCUUGUGGCGGUGUUGGUUUACUCGGCAUUGCGUGGGCCUUUGGUGGCAUGAUCUUUGUCCUCGUCUAUUGCACCGCCGGUAUCUCCGGAGGUCACAUUAACCCAGCUGUGACAUUUGGUCUGUUCUUGGCUCGUAAAGUGUCGCUCCCUAGAGCAGUUGCUUACAUGGUGGCUCAGUGUCUUGGAGCCAUUUGUGGAGUUGGACUCGUUAAGGCCUUUAUGAUGACUCCAUAUAAACGUCUCGGAGGCGGAGCUAACACCGUAGCUGAUGGUUAUAGCACCGGAACUGCUCUUGGUGCUGAGAUUAUUGGCACAUUUGUCUUGGUUUACACUGUCUUCUCCGCCACUGACCCCAAAAGAAGUGCCCGUGACUCUCACGUCCCGGUUUUGGCUCCGUUACCUAUAGGGUUUGCUGUGUUCAUGGUGCAUUUGGCUACUAUCCCCAUAACUGGAACUGGGAUUAAUCCAGCCAGAAGCUUUGGUGCUGCUGUUAUCUACAACAAUGAGAAAGCUUGGGACGACCAUUGGAUCUUUUGGGUUGGACCAUUCGUGGGAGCAUUAGCAGCAGCAGCAUACCAUCAAUAUAUCUUGAGAGCUGCAGCAAUCAAAGCUUUGGCUUCAUUCCGCAGCAACCCAACCAAUUGAUGAUUCAUGAGACUUCUUAGAACAAUUUGAGAUCUUUUUUUUUGUGUGCUUAAUGAGAGAUAUUUGUGUGUUUUAAUUUGAUGUAAUCGGAUUUAUUCAUUUUCAUAGUUUAAUUUGGUUUAAUUCAUCUUUGUCCGUUGCUUUCUUUCAUGUAGGGCAUCUUAUGAUUCACUUUUAUACUUUAGUACGAAUUAAAACAUUUGUUACAAGUUUAUAUGAACCCACAUGCAUGUUCGUAUAAAACAUUCCUUGGUGUUUUUGUCUUAUGUUACUUGAUUCUUCUUAUCCGGUGGUCGGAUCAUAAACCACUCACAUAUGACAUAUUGACA